AUGACUGAUUUUAAGCAGCACUCUAUAUCCUCUUCUCUUAGUGGCGAUUUUUCAAUAACAGAAAUUUCCUGUAUGAGCUCUGAAUACUACACUGAAAACGUGCUUAUUCACACCGAAAGUGCUGAAGCUGAAGAAGAAACGAAUUUUUUUGCAAUAGAAGAAAAAAGAUUAAACAGUUUAAGAACAAACUGUGAAAAAAGAAUAAGCAUUUUGGAUGACGACGUUGAGAAUAGGCCAACGACUUAUUUUUAUGAGACUUCUGAUGAAAUUUUUGGAUCUCCUAGGCAGAAAAACAGUUUUGAUACAAAAAUGAGUACAAAUGAAGAAGAAAAAGCACAAAUUAUUAGCAAAACGAGGGUGUUAAAUGAUGGAGGAAAUUGUGAAUUUUCAUUCAGUGAAGAUUUGCCAGCUGAACCUGCCGAUCCAGCAGCUUUGGAAAAUCUUAAAAAAGUUGGGGCAAAACUGAUUGCGUUAGCACAUCGGAAAUGAUGCAAUAAAGAAAUUUUCCAAAAAUGAUUUUUGAUGUGAAAAGACAAGGUAAUUUUAUAUAAAACCCAAGGUAAAGCUCAAGUUUUAGAAACAUUGAUAACAAGCAAAGAGUUCAAAGAAAAAACGAGCCUAGAAUCCUUGCAGUUAGAAGAAAUUGAAGCAAAUUUUAAAUUGCUAGAAGAUGAGGAAAAAAAUAAUUUGUGCAGAAGAAUUUUUAUUAAAAUGUGCGAAUGUGUAGGAGAAGUGUAUACGGAAUCGUUUAAAACAUGAAGGGAAAAUAUGAUUAAUAGAAGGAAAUAUGUAAGAGAUAGAUUACCUGAAGAGAAUGAGAUAAAAGAAACGCAAAAAGAGAUAAGACAAGGAAAGAUGAUAAGUUAUGAAGCAGAAAAGAAAAAAAUUGAAGUUAUAAAUCGAUUAUUUUUGCUGAAAAAUAAGAUAAGACAUAAGCAGGAGUCUACAAAGAUGAAUUAUAUGCUUGAAGAAUUAGAAUCAGUAAAAAGGCAAGGGAGCCAAGCUUUAAAGAAAUUCGAGGAAAUUCAUAACACCCGAGAUUGAAUGCAAAUUAUAAUAUUUUAUUGUAAAAUAAAACAUUACUUUUUAAUAAAUUGUAAUAUUAUUUAAUAAAAUAUACAGAAAUUAUUAUACUUCGAAUAAAUCAAUUUUUAAUAACCUUUUAGAAAAAUCACUUUUUAAAAGGUGAGCAGGUCUAGGAUGACUGUGGAGUGAUAUCAGCCCCAGAUAAGAAAUCCAAUUCUUUAGGAAUUCCUGGAUAAUUUUUUUGCCUGGUUGGGACUUCACGACUGGAUUUUUUCUCCUAGCUCGAGACGAUAAACUGAAGGAGUAAAGCCGGCUUACAAUUCUGGGAAGCAAUAUAGGCUUGUCAAAGGCAAGGUAGUCCAGAAGUAGGUAUUGGAUGCUUUUCCUUACUCUGAGCACUACCAGAGGUUAAGGAGCCCAUUGUAGCUAGACCCAAGAAUGCUCAGGAGAGUCUCCCAAGAGACUGAUGGCAUACCAUUUUUUGGUUAAUUUGACAGAAAAAGGGUCUGAUGUGACGCCGACACUCAGGGCCACCUAAGCCUAAAGCAGGCUUGGGACAGAGAGAGAUUAAAAUAAUCCCCAGAGAUCUGCUAGAAUUAACUUAAUCUAAUCUAGAAAAAUCGCUCACAACUGAAAAAUAUUCAAUGUCGAAUGAAGCCAAAAUUAAAAUCACACAAGACAAUAUAAAAUAUUUCAAAGAUACCAAUAAAAAGCAGUUUUUAGUAAAAAAACUAAUUGAAUCUCAUGACUAUCAGUAUGCUUUAUAUAUAAAAUCUGAGCAAAAUAACAAAUCUUUCAAUACCCCAUUAUUAAUCAAAGAACCUGCUAGCUUUACAUCAAAAAAAUCAACAUUUUACACUUCUUCAUAUAAGGACUCAAAUCUAAACUCGAUUAGGAAAAAUAUAUUUUCUUCUAAUAAAAAAAAUCCCAAAGCAGAAAUUGCGGAGCCUAAAAGACUAGUAUAUGAAUCAUCUGAUGAUAUAUAUAAUAAAACGCAAAAUUUCCCUGUGCUUAUUCUUACAGUUUUAACUUUUUUGCUGUUUUAUCUUAUAUAUACAUUUUCGGAAGUGCAUAAAAUUACUUAA